GAGAGGAGAGAAUGACUUUUGUUCAAGGUGGUAAAAAAAUUCUGCCUUAGUCCACUUCGGCAGUUCCCCUAUAAGGGCUAUAACUUCGGCCAAAGCCGCCGUGAAGCUCAGAAAGCGGAUUCAGUAUAGGUCACCGUGAAGCCCAACCAGAUACAGAAGCUAAUCAAAUGUUAUCCAGCAUUGCCAAGAUUCAGCUUGUGAGUUCGCAUCCUGAAGUAUAUGAACCAUGUGAUGAUUCAUUUGCAUUGGUGGAUGCAUUACUGACCGACGAGGCUAACUUGUCAGAUCACCGACCCACAUUUUGCAUGGAAGUUGGAUGUGGCAGUGGAUACGUUAUUACAUCUCUAGCACUCAUUCUACUACGAUAUGAUGUAUUAGCCUCUAAGCCCCCCUCAUAUUAUAUUGCAACUGACAUCAAUCCUCAUGCGGUGAGGGUGACUUGUGAGACGGCGGAUGCCCAUAAUGUUGAUGUUGAGUGUAUAAAUACUGAUAUUGCAUCAGGAUUAGAAACGCGUUUGGCUGGGUUAGUGGAUGUUUUGGUUGUGAACCCACCUUAUGUUCCCACCCCUGAAGAGGAAGUUGGUCGUGAAGGAAUCACCUCUGCUUGGGCUGGAGGUGAAAAUGGUGUAAGUGUCAUCAAUAAGAUUUUGCCUGUUGCUGAUAAGCUUCUGUCUGAGAGGGGCUGGCUGUAUUUGCUCACACUUGCCGCUAAUAACCCCUCAGGAAUAUGCCUUCAAAUGAGAAAGAAGGGUUAUGCAUCAAGAGUCAUUCUUAAGAGAUCCACUGAAGAAGAGAGCCUUCAUGUUAUCAAAUUCUGGCGGGAUGCCUCUAACUAACUGCUCUAUGGGGCGAAAGAUUAGAUUAAUGAUGAAAAAUGGUCAAAGAAUGAAAUGUAAACAAUGCAUUGGUGAAGUUCAAAUUCUCCAGAAUAUUGCUACCCAGGUGAUGUCACAAGUCACGGCUGCAAUGCAUUCUCUAACUAGCAAUGCUUUCAAGGUGUGUAGAUGUGUGUUUUGUUUAAGACACUCACAGAGAAGUGUGGUGUGUGUAAGCACUAUCUAUUCGGAUUCUUUUGAUGCUAUGCAGGCUUGGUUUGUAAUCAAAGUCACUCAUACAUGAUGAGGGUUGAUCUCCUUAGAUUGUGUUUGGGAGUUGGGUUUUGGAGGGGAGAGGAAGGUUGAUGGGGAUUUAUGACUCUGCUUUUCAUGUUUGGAGGUUUAAAAAAUUGGAGGAGAUGGUUUGGGAGGGCUUUUGUAACCCUUCAAAAGUCUCUAAAUACUCAAUUUUUAAGUUUCCCCAAUUUGGAUGAUUUUGGAGGGUAAUUAACAAGAUGAUAAUUUAAGCUCAAAUAAAAAUGAAUAUUAGUUCAAUUAUUUGAAUUCUUCAUAUAUAUCUCAAAG